UAAAAUCUACGAUUUUGUACGAUUUCAAAGUUCAUGUCAACUGAAGCAAAAUUAGGUCGACCAGGUUGGGUUUUGCCCAUGAACCAGUUCAAGUUCAUUUCCCCCAACCCAACAUAAUGAAAAACACAACCCUAACCCGAUAGUCCACCUUCAAUUGAUUUUUAUUCCCUUCCUCUUCAGCACACCGACACCCAACUCCUUCCAUCAACAAUUUCCUCCACCCUCUGAAUUAGCUAGUAGUUUAUUCCCCACCACCCUCGCAAUUAGCCUAAUUCCCAUUCCGUUGCAAGCUUUCGUUCAUCUCCCAAAUCGUCAACACCACAAUCGCCGACCGUUUAUCGAUCACAAAGUGAACAUGUAACAUCCUUACCCUCAUAAGUAUAUUUAUUUAUGAUAGCGUAAUUAAUGACGAGCAUAAUCGUAUUGUCCCUUAAGUCGGGAAUGAAAUGAUCAUGGUGAUUUAGAAGAAAUUAGUAAGUUAAUUUGGUGGUAUUCAAACUUUGAGGACUAAACUGGUUGUGAAAAGGAAAUUGGAGGAGUGAAUGGUAAUGGGUGCCAAGUGGAGGUUGUAGAUUGGAGAAGAAGAGUGUUCUAGAGGGAUUUUGGGGGAGGCAAAAAUUUGCCCUCUCCUUCCCUUCUAUCUCAUCUUCCAUUUCCUUCCUUUCUCUUCCAAACAGCCACCACCACCUCCCACAUCACCACCAUCAUCAAUCAUCCAAAAAAUCUAGAACUUAAAGUAGCUAAGACAAGUUGGGAGUUGGAGAAUAAGGAGGGUAGAGCUUGAAGAAGUAAGAAACAAUGGUUGCAUCAUCUUCUUUCUUUCUCCAAGAAAAUAACCUAAACCCUAGAAAUUGUUCCAGAAAGAAAUUUAUGGAUUUGUUUCUUGAGUUCAUGCUAUGAAUCUACUUUAAAGAUGUUAGAAAUCAAGGGAAUACAGUUAGAGUUAGUUAUGGUUCAAAAUGACAAAAUUACCCAAAAACCGGGUUCUUGGCCAUACCAUGUUGGACAAAUGAAGUAAAGGGUUAUGAUGAUUUGUGUGAGUGUGUAUAGAAAUUAUUAAUCAUGGAGAUUGUCCAAGAAGUUAUGUUUUGGGGUUUAAGAGUGGAUUGGAUCAAAGGGGAGUACUGGAAGAGGAAGUAGAAUAAAAACAGUUUUGAACCUUUAACUUUGAUUGAGUUCUAAACCUAAUAAACUAGUCUAAAAUGGCCUGAAAUUUUGAUAUGUUGUAUCCCUAUGAAUCUAGUUUAAUUAUAAAAAAGAAUUACUAAAUUUGGUUGAAUAUUAAGGGAGAAAUGGCCAAAACCAUGAACGGAGGUAGUGAUUUCCAGCAAGGCUUUUUAAAAAUCCGGCUUCAAACACAGUCGGGUUUUGACCAAUUAAGUUCGUGAUUUUGGGGAGGAAUAUGCCAGAAACACCUCCUAAAAACCCGUUCUCUAGGCUCUAAAAAAUGUCAUGGUUUGUGACCAUAGAUGCCGUGUUUUCCCUGUUUUGGGCUAAAGAAGUGUUUCGUUUCAAACUUCGAUGCAUUCCAACCAAUAUGCAUUCAUAUGAUUUCUCUAUAUGAUGUGGUUGAUUAAAUGUGAAUAAAUGGAUUAAUUAAAGGAAAGGAGAAGGUUGUGGAGUCCUCAAAGGGAAAAGGACUUGCGAAUUAGCGAUCAAACUGUGAGUAAACCUUAACCUAUCAACCAUAUUAAUAUGAAUAUGGUACUCAGGUCAUGAAGUGACCUGAGUAUAAGAAAUGUGAAUGUGAUAAGGAGUCAAAGAUUGACUUCAUUUUGAUGGUAUGAAAUUGAAAAUGCAUGGAUGGUGGAUGAAAUAUGAAAAGACAUUUUGUUGGGUUGAUAUUGUGUAUGCCUAUGCGAAUUGCUAUUGUGCCACUGCAAAUAAAGGUUGCCUCUACAACUGAUGUUUUGUAAAAUUAGCAUGGUUAUGUGAUUUAAUGAUGAAAAAUGGUUGAAUGAUCAUGAAGUGGAAUGAAAUUAUCAUAUGUGAUGGUUUUGUGAUAAAUUAUUGAUGUGAUUGCAUGACUUAGGUGAUGGUGUACUAUUAUUGAAUACAUAAUGUAUUGUCAUGCUUACAUGGAAUAUUAUGAAAUGAUUCUUUAUGUCUGUGAUUGAGAUUGUGAGGCUCGAAUGAGCUUUAUGAUAUGUUUCUAUAAUGAUAUAGCAUCAGAUGGCCUAAAUGGCGAUGAUGUGACAUUGGAUGGCCUAAAAGGCCAUGAUUUGGUAUUGGCUAGCCGAAAAGGAAAUUGUAUGGUAUUGGAAAGCCGGAAAGGCAAUGAUGUGGUAUAGGAUAGCCGUAAAGGCGAAAACAUGUAAAUGACUGGUUGAUUUAUUUUUUGGGAUUAAGUAUUAAUGGCUUGCAUGUGUUAUAUAAUUGUAAGACUAAUAAAGAAAGAAUUUCUUGAUAACCUAAAUCAACCAUAAUGGUGCCUUGUCAUGCAUUAUAUAUAUUGGAUUGAUGGCUAUAAGCCUAGCUCUCUGGGAGAGCGAUAUAAGGCCUAGUUAUUUGCGAUGUUAAUGCAUCUAUUGGGCAGUGCUCUAUGCAUCAAUUGGUGGUGCCUAAUGCAUCUUUUGGGUGGUUCUUUAUGCAACUAUUGGCGUUGCUCAACGCAUCUAUUGGCGAUGCUUUAUGCAUCUACUAGUUAUACUCGGGGGAGUGUAUGACCUGACAAAAUUAAGGCUAAAAGACAUGUAAUCUGGCUAACCUCAACGUGUGUAUAUGUGUGUAUGUAUGCAUGAUUGAUCAUUGGACUAUGUAUGAUUUUAUGAGUGGAAUGCAAUGGCCAUGUGAAUGAGAUAGUGGUUAGCUAGGGAAAAUAUAGAUAAGAGCGAGGUUUGACUUCACCCAGUUAUCAUGUUUGUGUUGAUAUCGUUGGCAUGUUAGUUUUUGCUCAUUGAGGUGACGUCUCACUCUCGUCAAAAAAUUUCCCCAGAUUAGAAGUUUUGGACUUGAAAUGAAGGGAACUCAGCAAGACUCAACUCGACAUCAAUGAGGUGGGCUGGUGAACUUAGACUCCGACAUGACUUGUUUAUAGUAUUUUGAGAGAAGAUUAUCUUCUCUAUUGUCAUGUGUUCUGAAGUUGUAAAAGUUUAUGUAAAUUAUGAUGUAAAUUAAACGCGUUUGUGAAAGGUUUUAAUCGAUAUGAUCUUGUGAAUGUUUUAAAAUAUGUAUGGGUGUUACAGAACACAUCAAUCAAUGAGUUGCCUUUGACAAAUGAUGGUGAUCAAAGAAAUAUGGGUAAUGGUGAAAGUACUUCAAGUGUCCUGAGAAUAAUGAUGAGAGUGAGGAUGAUGACGUGUGAGAGAUGUUAAUAUUGAUCUUAACGAUCUUAUGUAAUUUCUACACUUAACUAUUAACUAUAUUAAGUGAUUUCUAUGAGGUUUUCGGUUGCUUAUUUGUGUUAGGGUUAAUACUUUAGUUUGGCCUAAACUAUAAACAAACUUUCUACUUUGCCCCGUGGUUUUCGAAAUUGCUAUCCUGGACUGAACUAUGUACCAUACUUCCUAACUUGGCUAGGAGCCGGGUUUGACCGUCAAAUUGGACGGUCAAAUUCGUUGAUUGUUAGUCAAUGUCCAACUUUCUUUCCACGUCAGCGAGAACAGAAUAAUUUUUUUAUUUUUUGAAUUUCUGUAUUCAUUUUCUUUUCUAAUAAUAAUAAUAAUAAAAAAUAAAAAAUAAUAAUAAACCCCUAUUUAUCUCCUCCUUCGCUCCUCCGGGUGAAACAACAAGAUCGGAAACCAAGGGAGCUCCUCCGGUUCUCCAACUGCGCCUCCCACACCCACUCCCGCUGCGCUCCCUCCCACCCUCUCCUGUCGUUCCCUUCCUAUUCCGACCCCACCUUUUCCUUAUUCUCUCCUCCCUCUGGGGCUCGGGUCUCCAUCGAUGCCAAGAUGGCCACGACUCUGCUCUGCGCUGCCAAGAUCGUCUCAUGGUCGAUGGCAGAGGCGGUCAAGGCGGCGAAGGAGGAAGCCGACUGGAGGGCUAAAGAAGCAGACAUAUGUAGGAAGAGGGUGAAGGAGGCGCUAGAUAAAGUCUCGACCGUCGCCGCAGCGACAAAGAAGAAAGUGGUGGCACCGCCGAAAUCCGGGAAGCCUACGAGCACCGCCUGAAAGUAAUCAUCUUUUUUUGGCUAGAAACGGGCGAAAGAGUGGAUGGAGGAGCGUGGUGGCAGUGGGGAAAAUGGAGAAUUUUUUGGUCUCUGAAUGGGUUUGUCAUUAGAAGUAGUGUGUAUUAGAUUGAAAGAAAUUAGAGAGUAAGAGGCGGAGAAGAAUGAGAGGGCGCCGCCGCUGCAGUUUUUCUUCCUCCAAUGGCGGUGACAGCGCGUCGGAGAAGGGGAAGGGUUUUGGGGAAGAAGGGGGUUUGGGAAAUGGUUUUGCCCAAUUGAGGCGACAGGGGAGGGGAUAAAUUGGAUUUUUUUAUUUUUGUUUGUUUAUUAUUAUUAUUAUUAGAAAAUAAAAUUAAUACAGAAAUUCAAAAAAUAAAAAUUUUAUUCCGUACUUGCUGACGUGGCAAGUGAACUGGACAUUAACUAACAGUCAAUUUCUCAACUAGUUUCUCCCACUCGGCGACGCGCGAUUCGCCUCCAGCUUCUUCAUCUCAACGACGCUCAAUUCACCAACUACUACUUCCUCCUUUGACGGGCGAUUCCCCAACCAAGUUAUUUCUCUCCAACAAACACUAAAUCCAUGUCAAUGAGCUUCAAUCCAUUGAAGCAGACCAAGUCGCCGUCAAUCCAUAAAAUUCCGCUUCACUAAAGCCCACUGGACCCUAUUUUUUCGAGGCCUCAUGAAGCUCGUCCGUCACAACUCUGUGGACAAAUCACCAUGUUCAUUCUUCAUUCGUGAACUAAGGGCUUGUUUGGAAGAUGUGAUUUCAAGUGAAUGAUUUAAUGAAUACAUGUAAUGGUG